AAUAGUUCAUAUUCUGGUACUGGGCCUGCGGUAGUGGCCGAAAUCCAAAAAGAUACGAUACAAUAUAAUAGUUCGUAUUGGUUCGUGUCAGUUUGUACCGUUGACGUUGGGUGAAAACUUGGUGAUACCGUUUGACAAUUCCCGUCAUGUGAACCUAAAUUAUUUGCGGAUAUCUGUGAAAAAAAUCGCCUACGUUUCCUGAUAUCUCUGUGACAAGCUUUAUCGAGGAUAUGUAAAAAUGUCACUUAGUCCCAUUCCCGAGCAAUUGGAUCAUUCUUGUCAUUUUUGCAGUUUUAAAUCAAUUUAUGGGUUUUCGAAAAAGACAUGAAUAUCUACAAAAAUGUCAGAACAUUGCUAACAUGAUGGAAAAGCGGAGGGUCUGCAUUCCUAGGCUGCCUUCGUGUGUUCCGUUCGUCAUAGUGGCGAUUACGAUUAUAGGAUGCUUAUCCUUUUGGCUUUGCACGGUUCAUUCCGAAAUGUUUCUCUGGCCGACCUCAAAUCCAGCUUACCUUCUAGUUUUACCUGAAAAUAUUUCUAUGGUGCCACAACCCUAUUCGAUGAGCGAAUUAGAUCAUAAUGACAAAACCACUUUAGUUGACAUAAAGAACUUUAAAUUUACAAUUAAUCAUGAUCCAUGUAAUAAUACUCAACCUCUUUUAUUGAUGAUGAUACAUUCGGCACCAGCAAACUUUCCAAAGAGACUCGUCGUACGAGAAACGUGGGGUCAUCGAACAAACUCUGUAGUUGUACUAUUUCUAGUGGGAUAUUCAAACGAUUAUCAAUUGAGAUUGGAAGAGGAGAACAAGAUCUACGGUGACCUAAUACAAGGAAACUUUUUGGAUGCCUAUAGAAAUAUGACCUACAAGCAUGUGAUGGCAUUAAAGUGGGCUGCAUAUCAUUGUCCAAGUGCCAAAUAUGUGUUAAAGCUAGAUGACGAUGUGUUCGUUCAUGUUCCUGCCAUGUUGGAGUUCCUGACACACAGUCUAUCUCCCUUGGGCGCUAGGCGAUUAAUUCUGUGUGAUCGCUUCCCCACAGCUGCGGUUAAACGAUCAUGGCGAUCUAAGUGGAGAGUAUCUCCACAAGAAUAUCCUGGGCGAAGUUACCCUUCUUAUUGUUCCGGAUAUGCCAUUCUUUAUUCCCCGGAUAGUGUAUUCCUCCUGUAUAGGGAAGCCCAACGACAGCCAUAUUUUUGGAUCGACGAUGUGCAUGUCACUGGAAUUCUUGCAAGGAGAGUGAAUCUUACAAAAACAUCUGCUUGCCCAUUAGUUCUAACUGCUAAAGCUAUGAAAAAUUUUCUACAAAAUCCAAAAAGUCACCGGGAGUUUAUAUUUGGACCUCCAGACUUAACAGAGAAUACUAUGCGAAUACUGCACAAUGUUGUUUCUUCUAAUUUAACUUAAUGCGAAAUUCUAGGUCAAAUCAUUCGCUUGUGUUCAUUUUCUGUCUGAAAGGCAACUGGACAGAACAUUAACCAGCAAUAAUAAUUCGAAAGUUUAUUGCCAAGAUGCAUGUCGACAUAGUAGGAAACAUUUUGAAGUGGGGAGUUUAAUGAGUGGCUAGGUGUAUUUUCUUGACAUUGAUGUAAAUAGUAAUUAACCUAUGCAGGAAGAAAUUAGGAGACUGCACAUGGAACCAUUUGAGCUAUACAAAUAAAUCUGUGUCCCUUGUAGAUUUCUCAAAUAUCAGCAAAGGUUUGAAGAAAAUAUGUAUAUUUUGCUAGAUAGGAAGCUAGAUUGCAUUUCUGAAAUAAUUUGUGAGCCAAAAUGUUCGAUGAUUACUGUAAAAAGAACAAAGAAAUAUAAUGAUCGUAAUCGUUACAUUAUGUCAAA